GAGUCAGCACCGAGGGGCGGCCCCGGGAGCUGCGCCGGGCUCCUCAGGCGCCGUGCGGCGGGGCUGGCCCGGACCUCGGCGGCCUCGGGGCGAGCUGCCGGACGGACCCCUCGUACAUAUAUAUAUAUAUAUAUAUACACAUGCAUACAUACAUAUACGCAUACAUAUAUCAUAGACACAUACAUAUAUAGACACAUAUAUAUACACACACCCACAUAUAUACACAUACAUAUAUAUACACGCAUACAUAUAUAUAUAUAUAUAUAUAUACACACAUACGUAUAUAUAUAAUCCUCUGGGCAACCCCUGCCCCCACUUCCCCUUUUUACCCAUUUCACACCAGGGAGACUCGUUUUGACUUUACUCAGAGGACAAGCACCAGCUCGUCCAGUUUCUGAGGCGUUCGCCGUCUCCCCUUGGAGAAGCACAGGCCAGGUACAGCAAUGGAGAACUUGGAUGUCCCAUUCCCAGAACUUAAUGAAGAACAGCAAGACAUUUUCCAGAGGGCUUUCACUGCUGAUGACGAUUACUUGGAGAAUCAUGAGAAAAUGAGGCAGUCUUUCUGGGAAUCCCUUGUAAAAUGUUUAGCCACCACUGACCCACCUAUCCUGAAUACUGAAGAAAAGAACAACCUCCUCAAGAGAUGCAGUGUCCUGCCUGGGGGCUGUGCAGCCUGCCUGAAAGCCAUACAGACAAAAGGCGUCAGGGCAAUGGUUGUUCUUUACCUCUUGCUGAAGAGUACCAACCCAUCUGUAUAUCGGCAGCUGCCCAGUUCCAAGGGAAAUGAUGAGAAAUUAAAACUCCUGAAGAGACUGGAAAGAAAUCUCAUGCUUUCACAAGGGGAUAAAAAAGCUGACGACUCAUCCCACGAGUCCAUAGAUGAAGAUCCACAAGACAGUGAUGAGGAAGAUUUAGGAAGACAGAAGACUGAAGGCCAAUUACUGGGAGGUAUGCCAUCAGAAGUUGUUCCCUACAGAGAUUCAGAAAUUACCAGAAGAGAAGAUUCAAUUGCAGAUGAAUAUGAGAACGAAAAUACUCACCAUCAUUGGACAGUACGGUGGAUGGGCAUACGAAAGGAUGAUGAGUUCUUUCAUUUUGUCAUUCUUUGUUUUGGGAUUGGAGCUUUACUAAUUUGCUACUACUACUACAAAGAUUGGACAAUUUCUCUUGGAAUUGGUUUAAUCACCUUUGCCUCCCUGGAAACCACUGGGAUAUACUUUGGUCUAGUGUACCGAAUUCGGAGCAUACUUGACGGUUUUAUUCCUCUGCUUGAGAGAUUCAGGCUAACAGGUAUGAGGAAAGCUGCCUAGGAGGAGUAUUUCAGGAGAGUUCCACAAAACCCUGCUGUUUGGAUUUAUAGUACUAGAAGAACUGUUUUGUAAGGCAGUCAUAAAUGCAUAAUGGUCAACACAAAAUAUUGAAAGUGUUAAACAAUAGAAACAUAUCAUUCAGUCUGCUCAAAAAUGAAGCUGAAACAUGCAAUUUGUAGCUCAGGAGAGCUUGUAAGACAACCUGGAUCCUGGUUUAUAUUUAAUUUCAUGGAAUAUAAACCCAUUCUCCUUCUCUCCAUUUAACCAUGUUAAUCUGGCCACAGUGUAUCAAAAAUCCACAAAGACAAAUACUAUCCUCAGCUGGGUGUGGAUGUUACAAUAGGAAUCUUGGCACCUACAAAGCCACCUCCUCUUCACCCCUUGUGAUGCUGCAAACCAGGCAAACACCAGCUGCUUGCUUACAUAGCUGAGCCCCAACAGUGCAAUAGCACUGAAGCAGAUUAAUUUAUUGUGGCAGAACUCAAUAUAGUGGACAUAUAACAAUUUCACCCAGUGAAAGCUGUUUAAGAUUGACAUGCACUGACAUAAUGGUGCAUUAAUGAGAUAGUUAACAGCAGCAAAUUUCAUCUCUGAGGAAGAAAGGAAUAAAAUGCUUGGUUUGGCCCAUCCACCAACUUUUUUUUUCCUUCUGGUAAAGUAAAGUGCAGUUUUGCCAUUCUUUCAAGCUUACAGGGGCAUGUUAUACAUUAGAUAUAAUAUGUAGUAUUUUAAUUAUGUUUUUUAGUUUUUCAUCAAUUAUACAUAAAAUUACAGAUGUAAGGCUAAUGAGAAAAACAGGAUACCUUCGAUUUUUUUUAGCAGAAAUGUAAGGUCAUCAUAACCAUAGGAGGAUGAAGGCAUCAAGUGAGACAGAGGACCAUAAAACAUGAGAUAUUAAGGAAAUGUACACCUAAAAGCUGUUAGCCAAACAGCUCAGUUUUAGUUCAGUGAAACAGUUUCAAGCCUUGCUCAGAAAAUUACAAAAACUUUUUAGGAAUUGUACUUAAUUUUAAGCAUUGGUGUUUGUCAUUCACAUGUAUUGCAGUUCCAUUUGCACGUCCAGAAAUACCAAUAAUCAUGUGCAGGCCUGUACCAACACAGGCCAGCAGUUACCUAACAUAUCAGGGGUUAAAUUAAGCAAUAAAGAUAAAUACAAGUU